UCCUCAGGUGGAUCAUAAAGAAUAGAGUCGUACAAUCUCCUCCUCGUCCCAUCCGACAACACUGUUGCCAUCCAAAUUGAAGAACUUUUCAGUUCAUUCAUUCUUUUCAUGAAAAUGUGCCGCUUAGUUAAGGUAGGAGGAAAUGGAUGAUCGCCUCGGUAAGCUUCUUGGAUCUGUUGGGAACUAUGGGAAGACACUAUUACUGCUUCCGCAAAUCAUUCUAUAUAAUCCUAACCAGAUGUGACCUGAUCCGACCCGAACCAUUUUGCGUGCGGAUCAUAAUCUUCGAUCCGAUAAUAGUUGACCCGAUUUGGCAUCGGUCAGAGAGAUGCAACCUUAGACGUCCAAUGAGAAGGACAUCGACGACUCCGCCUUUCAGUUCUCCCCUCCUUUCCUCUCUCCCGAAGCCCCUCCCGUCUCGAGAUCUUCUCUUCGUACGCAGAAGCGAUGAUGCCUUCCUUCUCCUGCCGUUUCCCUGCAACCAGACGACUGCGCCACCUCCGCAGCUUGCCCUUCCUCCUCCUUCUGUUUGCCCUCCUUACGGGAUCUGCCCUUGGGCGCGGCCGCCACGUCAUCGCCAUCCCCGCUGCCGUGCCCUUCCCACGCGGCCUCGCCUGGGACCCCUCCGCGCAGCACUUCCUCGUCGGGUCCCGCCUCUCCCACGCCGCCGUCUACUCCGUCUCCGACGCAGGCGUCGCCGAGGCCCUCGUCUCCGACCUCCUCCUCCCUUCCCCCUCCUCCGUCGCCGCCCUCACCGUUGACGACCGUCGCCGCCGCCUCCUCAUCGCCCUCGCCCGCCCCGCCGCCCUUGCCGCCUACGACCUCCGCUCACCGCGUCCGCACCGCCGCAUCUUCCUCUCCUCGUUCCCCGACCCCUCUGCAGUCCCCGGCGGUGUCGCCGUCGACCCCAAGACUGGCUCCGCCUUCAUCACCGCUGGGAGCGUCGUCCUUAAGGCGGAUCUCGAUGGGACCGCGUCCGUCCUUUCCAGAUCGGCGAUCUACGGCGCCGAUCCGUCGUCAGAGGGGCUGGGCGCGGUGGCGCACGUGAGCCACGGGUUUCUGCUGGUGGUGGAGAGGGGUGGAACCGGGAGAAUGUUCAAGGUCGAUGAAGAGGACGGUGCGGCGAAGGAGGUGCUGAGGAAGGGGGUGGGGGCGGCCGCGGAAGGGAUCGCGGUGAGGAGCGACGGGGGAGCGGUGCUGGCGCGGGGAGGAGCGGGGACGCGUUGGCUGCGGAGCCGGGACGGGUGGGGAGAUGCGGCGGUGCAGGAUGAGGCGGCGGUAGAGGAGGGUUGGCAGGCCACAGCCGUGGCCGUGCGCGAGGGGCGGAGGGCGUACGUUCUGGUGACACCUGGAGAAGUGGAAGGCGGAGAAGAGAAGAAGGUGAGGAGGAUCGAGGAGGUGGAGUGGGGGAAGGAAGGGGAAGGGGAGAUGGUGUGGGGAUUUGUGCUGAUUGGUCUGGGAUUGGCUUAUUUCUGCUACUGGAGGUUUCAGAUGGGGCAGCUUGUCACCAACCUGAACAAGAAGAGAGCAUAGUAACAACAGAGAAACUGCAUGAGAAGAGGAAGAACACAAAAUGGCCAUUGAGUAUAGUAACAACAGAGAAACUGCAUGAGAAGAGGAAGAAAACAAAAUGGCAAUUGAGUUUUUGAUGUUUAUGAGAAUUGUAAGGGUUUUCAGAUUCACAAUGGAUCACUAGUGGUGUUUAUCACUAUUUAUUACUCUUCAGUUGGGAUAAUUAGGGUUCAUCAUGUUCUUUUUUUAGAUGUAUAGAAUUUUGAUUUCUCAUAUUGAUUAUUAUUCUGAA